UAAAUAUCAAGUGGUCGUGCAAUCAAGGUGAUUAAAAUCCCUGCCCUUGUGUGACGUCCCUUAAAAAAAGGGUUGGAAAGGAUUGUAUGGAUAAAAUCGUCACCUCAUCAGGUAGCCUGUUCUAGUCCUGAUAAGAGUCAGUGGUGUUUGGAGAGGAGAGAUCCCACCCCCAGCAACUGCUAUGUGGGAAACCACAGAAUUUGGUGCUCUCCUUGCUCCUAUUCAACAUCUACAUGAGGCUGUUGGGUGAAAUCAUCCGUUGUUGUGGUGUGAAGUAUGACAUCCAAUUGUACAACUCCACCCCUGGCAAAUUAAGCAAUGCUAUGAGCGUCUUAUCUCAGCAGAUCAGGCUUCUCUUUCAGGUUCAUAUACACUGUAUAUCUUUUUUAAAAAAUAAUACAGAUUUUGAUGAAGAAUUCCAUGAUGAUCAAAACCAUUAACCACUUCAAACAGCAGAAUUUGAUCUUGUUCAAAUCAGAACUCUUGAUAGGAAACUGUCAAGGAGAAAAGCAGAAGUAGAUGUAGACAAUACUACUGCUGGUACAUCCAAGCACUGGUAGACUGGUGUGGUCAAAGUCAACAUGUGGUCAACUCUCUCAGAAGCUCAUCCUUCAAGGAAAAUUCAUUCAUGGUUCUUACAUUACAGCCAUCCCCCAUCGCUGUCCUUUGUGGCACCUCUAGAGAAAUUUGUAGAACCGCUUCUACCUGCUGCUGGUGUCAACUCUACAACGAAUCUGGCGGCAGCCAUCUUGCUCAUUCUAGGUUGCCACAAGAAUGGAAGGGGGUUCCGAGGAUUUUUGCUAGUCUAAACAAUUCACUAUCCCAUGGGAGCCAGGUUCAUUUCUGUCGAUUAGGUGGGCCGUGUGAGCACUUGGUUAGAAAUCCCACCAAGCUGUUCUAUUGGGAAAAGUAGCUGAUUGCAUAGCCAUGGGGUGGGAGAUUUAACUUUGUAGUAGUGUUUCUCUUUGGAAGGGGAUUGCAGACUUGGUUUCACUUUGGACCGUGCUGAUACUAUGUAACCAAUAAACAUGUUCUUUGAGGAAAUCUCUAGCCUCGGAGUUCUGAUUUGUUUGGUCUCGUCUAUCAGAACUAUGACAGCUGGAUUCCCUACGUAACAAAGAAUCCAAGAGCAACUGCCGUCAUUGCAGCUAGACAGGAACAUCAACUCAAAGAAGGCCAAGGAAGGAACUGGAAUAGGGAUUUUGGAAUGUUUGACAUCAUCAGAAAAACAGCUGCCAGUUUGGCUGAGAGAAAUUCUGAGCCCAUCCAGGAAGGUACGAAUGAGGUGAGGUGACGUCAAACUGGUUGAGCUACCGGCAUCCCUGGAGCACUCUUCUUCACGUGUGGCUACUGGGCUGACAUUAUUGAUUGAUUAAGCCAUUGUGAUGUAAUAUGAUACAAUAACUGAGGUCAGAGGUCUUGCUCUGACUCACAAAGCUCCGUUUGGUCAUUGCACUGGACAAGUGGCAGUCUGAUUUCAAUCUUUGGGUAGCAACAAGGAUGUCCUCGGCAUUAUCUCCUUCCUCUAUUCUGAAUUAGAUGAAUGAUCAUUUGGACUAAGAAGAUAAAAUGGCACCCAAAGCACCUCCCGAACCUCCACCACCAAAGAACUUUUUCGAGCGAUUCGGUGACUACCUGGAUUCAGAUCAAGGCAAACGAAGAACUAAAAUACUGGUUUUCCUCUUCUUCGUUCUUGCUGUGGUGAUGACCUAUCUGUACCAAACUGAAAUUAAAAAGAGUCAGAGUCUUCUAGACGCAGUGGCUUCAAUUCGGCAAUUUGCUGUGGAAUACGAUACAAGUUUAUUAGACAAAACUGACUUGGAGGUCCUUGCUGCGGUUCAUCUCUUAACAUUGGAGCUGUUGAAUUGGACCUUAAAGAAUGAAGAGCUAGACCAUGAACUUAAAAUUCUUACUGAAAUGCUUCCAAACUGGCUUGCUUUCGACAAAAACCUCUAUUUCUUUUCUACGGCACAAAAAACUUGGCAGGAGUCUCGUGACGACUGUAUGGAAAGACACACUGCAGAUUUGUAUUCCGGUACACUUCCUGAAGAACAAGGCUUCCUAGAUGAAAUGGUGAAAAAAAAUAACCGCGACUAUUGGAUAGGACUCAGGAAGAACACCAGUGUUUCAGGUGGGCUGUUGUGGCUAAAUGGAGAUGUUCCAGAUGAAACCUUCUGGGCUACUGGGCAGCCUAAUGACGCAACAGAAACUUGCAUUGUUGCCAUACCUCCCUGCCCACUUUUGAAAUGUUGGCAUGAUGCUCCUUGUGAAGAGAAAAGAUACUUUUGUUGUAAGAUGAUGCCAAAGAGCAUAUGGAUGCCCUAGCUAAUUCAAGAUGGUGGAAUCUGAGUAUGAGAUCUCCAAACCCAGCGGCAUUGGCACUAAUAAAUGCAUGGUGGGAACCA